GGUUUUGUUAGUGUUGUUUUGGUUUUUCGUACGAGGAGUAACUACGACUUGUACCACGAGUUUUUUUGCCAACAAAUACGAAAAUGUGGGAUAGAAACGUGAUGAGUUCUUGUGAGUUAAUCAAGGAUCGUCUUUUCUUUGUCACUGUAACGUGUAAGCCAAGAAACAGCCCGAAUUUCCACUAUUUCAGCGUCGAUCAUGACUGGACCUUAGACGGUUGUAAAUUCGCCGACACACCUUACUUCGGCCCAUCAAACCUGGCCGGCAUUUACCGAUUUUUCUGCUUGGUGAAUACCAAGCUUCAUAUGGUACCGGCAGCGAAGAAGAUAGUCAUGUACACUACCGCUGAAGAUGGUUUACAUGAGAAAAGAAAGAGAACAAGAGCCAUAUUUUUAUGUGGCGCGUUUGCCGUUAGUCAGUUAAACAUGACCGCCGAAGAAGCUUAUGAAGCGAUGGCAAACCAAUUCAAACCGAACUCUCUUCUGCCUUAUUGCGAUAUAAAUGGCAGUAAAUCUCAUAAUUUAUCUAUAUCAGACAGUUUGAAAGGAUUUGAGAAGGCUAUUUCUUUAGGAUUCUUUAGUUUUGAAGACUUUGACUUGAACAAAUACGAAGAGGACGAACGUACAUUCGAUUUAAACUGGAUCGUGCCUGGGAAGAUUCUGGCGAUUUCUGAUCCUCAAAGAAGAAACAACGUAAAAGCCAGCCGAUUCACUAAACUAAGGAAGUACUUCAGACAGAAUGAAGUAAAAUCCGUAGUAAGAUUGAAUAGAGAUGACAACAUGAUAAAAUAUGGUCUCGUGUAUGAUGCCCGUUGUUUCACGGCAAACGGUUUCGCACACUACGAUCAGUACUUUGAAGAUGGCGGGAUUCCUACUAAAGCUAUCAUAAAGAAGUUUACUCGUGUCGUCGAUCAGUGUGAAGGGGCCGUUGCUGUUCACUGUAGGGCAGGACUUGGAAGAACAGGAACUCUAAUCGCGUGUUAUUUAAUUAAGCAAUAUAAAUUUACAGCAGCGGAAGCAGUAGGCUGGCUACGUAUGUGUAGACCAGGAAGCGUUUCUACAUUACAGCACUGCUUCCUCGAACACAAAGAAACUGCCAUCCAGAAAGGCUACCCAGAAGAUCUUACUCUAGAAGACUUGAAUGAAAACAUGAAAAAAAGCUUGAACAUUAUCGCUUGUACUCCCAGACGAGACGAAAAAGUGGCUUAGUUGGGGCGCAGACAUGAAUAUUAAUGAGUGGCUUUUCCUUACUACAACUGUCUGGCGUGCGAUGUCGACAUGCUAAUAGACAGCUGCGAAUUUAUAAUUUUACUGGUACUGUCGCCCAGUAACGUGUAAAUACAAACAAAAUAACAACUAGAACCUGUUUUGCGACAUUAUUCUUUCAGGAAUCCUUGGAAGAUUUAAAAUUCUUCUAAAGGAUUAGAUAUUUUUGAACAAAAUAGAAAUACUCGAUAGUGAGAUUAUCGACGUCUAGUGAUUAUUCAAAUUAAACUCACUCCAGCAUCCUGCCAGCUUUCUUAUAGUCUAGAGUUGUUCUCUUGGUAAUAAACCUCUAACUUAAAGUUAUUUUCUUUAAUUCAACGAAUUUUUCCUGGUUUUUGUUAUUUAUUAUAAAAUUUUGCACAAAAAUGAUAGUCUGGUUUGAAAUCCUGAUAUUUAUGUAUAUAUGACUUCGUUGAGUUGAGUUUGAAAUUAAUGUGAAAUAUUUUAGCCAAAAUGGAAUUUAUAUCUCGACAUUAGAUUUGAGAAAAAGCCAAGAAAAUAUGAAUAUAUAUGUAUAUAUAUAAGAUAUUUUAUAAAAGAUCUACUUGUUUUGCAUUCACUAUCCUAAGGACAUUGAAUUAAUCUAUCACAGAUGUUCAAAAUGCAUUAUUUGAAAGUUGAGAGAAAAUUCUUUAAGUAACGUUUAUGUGGAAUAUAUAUAUCUUUUCAAUCAAAUUGAUUGUACUUGGUACAGAGUUAUUACUCUGACAUGACUAUAACAUACUGUACAUAAAGAUUCCUGUACA